CCGGUUCCGGGACGGCCGCGGCUGGGGCGCCGAGGCGGUUCGCUGGGCGGGUGGUGUGUGGGCCGGGCCGCGGUUGCCGGCGGUACCGAUCCCUCCCCGGCGGAUCCGAGGCGGGGCCCGCGCGGCCCCCGAGUCGCUCCGUCCUGCGGGGCCGCGGCCCCUUCGCCCGCAGGCCCCAGCCCCGGACGGCCCCGGGUGCGAAUGAAUGAAUGAGCGAGCGAGGGGACGGCGGAUCGGCGCCGGCCUUCUCCUCGGGUGACACCGCGGCGGCGAGGAGCAGCGCGGGGAGGGGGACAGAAUGAACCGGGCCAAGCCCGCGACGGUCCGCAGGCCCAGCGCGGCGGCCAAGCCCUCAGGGCACCCUCCGCCGGGAGACUUCAUUGCUCUGGGCUCAAAGGGUCAGGCCAAUGAGUCGAAAACGGCGUCCACCCUGCUGAAGCCUGCCCCUUCCGGCCUGCCUUCGGAGCGCAAGCGGGACGCCGCAGCCGCUUUGGCCGGUGCCUCAGCGCUGACCGGCCUCACCAAACGCCCCAAACUCUCCUCCACACCCCCUCUGAGUGCCCUGGGGCGCCUGGCUGAGGCUGCAGUCGCGGAAAAACGCGCUAUCUCUCCAUCGAUUAAAGAACCGUCUGUGGUCCCGAUCGAAGUCCCGCCCUCGGUGCUGCUGGACGAGAUCGAGGCCGCUGAGCUGGAGGGCAACGAUGGCCGCAUCGAGGGGGUGCUGUGUGGGGCCGUCAAGCAGCUCAAGGCCACCCGGGCCAAGCCAGACAGCGCGCUGUACCUGAGCCUCAUGUACCUGGCCAAGAUCAAGCCCAACAUCUUUGCCACAGAGGGUGUCAUCGAGGCUCUGUGCAGCCUUCUGCGGCGCGACGCCUCCAUCAACUUCAAGGCCAAGGGGAAUAGCCUGGUGUCCGUGCUGGCCUGCAGCCUGCUCAUGGCUGCGUACGAGGAGGACGAGAACUGGCCUGAGAUCUUUGUUAAGGUGUACAUCGAAGAUUCCCUGGGGGAGCGGAUCUGGGUGGACAGCCCGCACUGCAAGACAUUCGUGGACAACGUCCAGACAGCGUUUAGCACCAAGAUGCCCCCCAAGAGCAUGCUUCUGCAGGGGGAGGUGGGGCGCAGCGGCGGGGACCUCAGUGCUGGCGGCAGCCCUCACCCCUCGCUCACGGAGGAGGAGGACAGCCAGACGGAGCUCCUGAUCGCCGAGGAGAAGCUCAGCCCCGAGCAGGAGGGCCAGCUCAUGCCCAGGUACGACGACCUCACAGAGAGCGUGGAGGAGUACGUCCUCGACAUGCUCCGCGACCAGCUCAACCGGCGCCAGCCCAUCGACAACGUCUCGCGGAACCUCUUGCGGCUGCUCACCUCCACCUGCGGGUACAAGGAGGUGCGGCUGAUGGCCGUGCAGAGGCUGGAGAUGUGGCUCCAGAACCCCAAGCUGACCAGGCCGGCCCAGGACCUGCUGAUGUCCGUGUGCAUGAACUGCAACACGCAUGGUGUCGAGGACAUGGACGUCAUCUCCCACCUGAUCAAAAUCCGUCUCAAGCCCAAGGUUCUCCUCAACCACUACAUGCUGUGCAUCAGGGAGCUGCUGAGCGCGCACAAGGACAACUUGGGCACCACCAUCAAGUUCGUGGUCUUCAACGAGCUCUCCAACGCGCGGAACCCCAACAACAUGCAGAUCCUGUACACGGUGCUGCAGCACAGCUCGGAGCUGGCGCCGAAGUUCCUGGCCAUGGUGUUCCAGGACCUGCUGACCAACAAGGACGACUACCUGCGGGCCUCGCGGGCCCUGCUCCGCGAGAUCGUCAAACAGACCAAGCACGAGGUCAACUUCCAGGCCUUCUGCCUGGGGCUCAUGCAGGAGCGCAAGGAGGCCCCGUACCUGGAAAUGGAGUUCAAGGAGCGUUUUGUGGUGCACGUCACAGACGUGCUGGCGGUGUCCAUGAUGCUGGGCAUCACGGCCCAGGUGAAGGAGGCUGGUGUCGCCUGGGACAAAGGGGAGAAGAAGAACCUCGAGGUGCUGCGCUCCUUCCAGAACCAGAUCGCCGCGAUCCAGCGGGACGCCGUGUGGUGGCUGCACACCGUCGUCCCGUCCAUCAGCAAGCUUGCCCCCAAGGACUACGUGCACUGCUGGGGCUUUUCCUUCCCGUGGGCACGUGCAGCCCCCGCCGAGCCCACCCCUGCCUGCUCUGCCCGCAGCUUUUUCCUCCGCCUCUGCUCGGAGGUGCCCAUCCUGGAGGACACACUGAUGCGGAUCCUGGUCAUCGGGCUGUCCCGGGACCUCCCGCUCGGGCCUGCGGACGCCAUGGAGCUUGCCGACCACCUGGUGAGGCGGGCCGCAGCCGUGCAGGCCGACGAUGUGGAGGUGCUGAAGGUGGAGAGGAUCCAGCUGAUCGACGCGGUCCUGAACCUGUGCACGUACCACCACCCCGAGAACAUUCAGCUGCCCCCCGGGUACCAGCCCCCGAACCUGGCCAUCUCCACCCUCUACUGGAAGGCGUGGCCCCUCCUGCUGGUUGUCGCGGCCUUCAACCCAGAGAACAUCGGCCUGGCCGCCUGGGAGGAGUACCCCACGCUGAAGAUGCUCAUGGAAAUGGUGAUGACCAAUAACUACUCCUACCCGCCGUGCACGCUGACGGACGAGGAGACCCGGACGGAGAUGAUCAAUCGGGAGCUGCAGACCUCCCAGCGGGAGAAGCAGGAGAUCCUGGCGUUCGAGGGCCAUCUGGCAGCCGCAUCCACCAAGCAGACCAUCACCGAGAACAGCAGCCUUCUCCUGUCUCAGCUCACCAGCCUGGACCCUCAGGGACCCCCUCGGAGGCCUCCCCCCCACAUCCUGGAUCAAGUGAAAGGCCUCAACCAGUCCCUGCGCCUCGGGCACCUGCUGUGUCGGAGCCGAAGCCCGGACUUUCUCCUCAACAUCAUCCAGAGGCAGGCCUCGUCGCAGUCCAUGCCCUGGCUGGCCGACCUGGUGCAGUCGAGCGAGGGCUCCCUGGACGUGCUGCCGGUGCAGUGCCUGUGUGAGUUCCUGCUGCACGACGCUGCCGACGACGCCACGUCCGGGGAGGAGGAGGAGGAGGGCGAGAGCAAGGAGCAGAAGGCCAGGAAGCGUCAGAGGCAGCAGAAGCAGCGGCAGCUGCUGGGCCGCCUGCAGGACCUACUCCUGGGCCCCAAGGCCGACGAGCAGACCACGUGCGAGGUGCUGGACUACUUCCUGCGGCGCCUCGGCUCUCCCCAGGUGGCCUCCAGGGUGCUGGCCAUGAAGGGCUUGUCCCUGGUGCUGUCGGAGGGCAGUCUGCGGGACGGGGAGGAGAAGGAGCCCCCGAUGGAGGAGGACUCGGGGGACACAGAGACGCUGCAGGGCUACCAGUGGCUGCUCCGGGACCUGCCCCGGCUGCCCCUGUUCGACAGCGUCCGGACCUCCACCGCCCUGGCGCUUCAGCAGGCCAUCCACAUGGAGACCGACCCGCAGACCAUCAGCGCCUACCUGGUCUACCUGUCCCAACACACGCCUGUGGAGGAGCAGGGCCAGCACAGCGACCUGGCCCUGGAUGUGGCGCGGCUGGUCGUGGAACGCUCCACCAUCAUGUCCCACCUGUUCUCCAAGCACUCCUGCAGCGCCGAGUCGGACGCCGUGCUGGCGGCCCUGCUCUCCGUCUUCUCCCGCUACGUGCGGCGCAUGCGCAAGAGCAAGGAGGGGGAGGAGGUGUACAGCUGGUCGGAGUCACAGGACCAGGUCUUCCUGCGCUGGACCGGCGGGGAGACGGCCACGAUGCACAUCCUGGUGGUCCACGCCAUGGUCAUACUCCUGACGCUGGGGCCGCCCCGCGCCGGGGACGGCGAGUUCCAGGCGCUGCUGGACAUCUGGUUCCCGGAGAAGCAGCCUCUGCCCACGGCCUUCCUGGUGGACACGUCGGAGGAGGCGCUGCUGCUGCCCGACUGGCUCAAGCUGCGCAUGAUCCGCUCCGAGGUUCCUCGCCUGGUGGACGCGGCCUUGCAGGACCUGGAGCCCCAGCAGCUGCUGCUGUUCGUGCAGUCCUUCGGCAUCCCCGUGUCCAGCAUGAGCAAGCUGCUCCAGUACCUGGACCAGGCGGUGGCCCACGACCCCCAGACGCUAGAGCAGAACAUCAUGGACAAGAAUUACAUGGCUCACCUGGUGGAGGUUCAGCACGAGAGAGGAGCGUCCGGAGGCCAGACCUUCCAUUCCCUGCUCACGGCCUCCCUGCCUCCCCGACGAGACAGCGCCGAGGCACCGAAACCCAAAAGCAGCCCGGAGCAGCCUUCGGGCCAGGGGCGGACCCGGGCUGUGACCCAGGUGCGGGUGCUCGGCCCCGAGGACGACUUGGCCAGCACAGUCCUGCAGAUCUUCCCGCUGAGCCCGGGCCCGCGGUGGCAGAGCUCCAGCGCCCGCCCCGUCGCCCUCGCGCUGCAGCAGGCCCUGGGCCAGGAGCUGGCGCAACUCCGCCAGGGGAGCCCCGAGCUGUCCGGCGUCACGGUGCGCCUCCUGCAGGCCGUCGCCACCCUGCUCGGCUCCCCGCACGGCGGGGCCCUGGUGAUGUCCAUGCACCGGAACCACUUCCUCGCCUGCCCUCUGCUGCGCCAGAUCUCCCAGUACCAGCGCUGUGUGCCGCGGGACACCGGCUUCUCGUCGCUCUUCCUCAAAGUGCUCGUGCAGAUGCUGCAGUGGCUGGACGGCCCCGCCGGGGAGGGCGGACCCCUGCGGGCCCAGCUCAAGCUGUUCGCCGCCCAGUACUCGGCCCGCCGCAGGAUCAGCGAUGCACGGAGCGGGCUCCUGCGCCUCGCCGAGGCCUUGGCGUUCCGCGGGGACUCGGAGGUGGUCAAUUCUACUGUCCGGGCCGUGGUCGCCACCCUCAGGUCGGGGGAGAAGUGUGGUGUGGAGCCCGAGCUUGUCGGCAAAGUCCUCCGGGGCCUGGUUGAGGCGGGGUCGCCCCAUCUGGAGGAGCUGCUGGCUGCUCUCUUUGCCACCGCGUCCCCGACCUGGAGGCCCGUGGCCGUGCUGAGCUCCCUGCUGCUGCAGGAGAAGGAGCCCCCGGCCCCGGGGGAGCCCGAGGCCGACGGCUGCAGCCCGGAGACCGUGCAGCUGGGACCCUGCUCCGGGCUCCUGGUCGACUGGCUGGAGCUGCUGGACCCUGAGGUGGUCAGCAGUUGUCCCGACCUACAGCAGAGGCUGCUGUUCUCCCGGAGCAAGGGCAAAGGUCAUCCGGGCCCCCAGGUGCCGUCUUUCCGACCCUACCUGCUCGCCCUCCUCACCCACCAGUCCAGCUGGUCCACGUUGCACCAGUGUAUCCGUAUCCUGCUGGGCAAGAACCGGGAGCAGAGGUUCGACCCUUCGGCGUCGCUGGACUUCCUGUGGGCCUGCAUCCACGUGCCGCGGAUCUGGCAGGGAAGGGACCAGCGCACCCCUCAGAAGCGGCGGGAGGAGCUGGCGCUGCGGGUCCGGGCGCCGGAACUCGUCGGCCUGGCGGAGCUGAUCCUGGCGGAGGCGGAGGCCAGAAGCCAGGACGGGGACGCCGCCGCCUGCAGUCUGCUCCAGGCCCGGCUGCCCCUGUUGCUCCGCUGCUGUCGCGGGGACGACGCGAGCAUCAGGACGGUGACGGCGCACCUGACCGGCUGCAUCCAGCAGUGGGGCGACAGCGUGCCGGGCAGGCGCUGCCGGGACCUGCUGGUGCAGCUGUACCUGCAGUGGCCAGAGCUGCGGGCGCCCGUGCCCGAGGCCCUGCUGCACAGUGGAGGCGCCACGGGCAGCAGCACCUGCAAGCUGGACGGCCUCAUCCACCGCGUCAUCACCCUCCUGGCAGACACCAGCGACUCAAGGUCGUCAGAGAACAGGGUGGCCGACGCUAACAUGGCCUGCCGGAAGCUGGCCGUGGCCCACCCCAUCCUGCUGCUCAGGCACCUGCCCAUGGUCGCCGCGCUCCUGCACGGCCGCACCCACCUCAACUUCCAGGAGUUCCGGCAGCAGAACCACCUGACCUUCUUCCUGCACGUGCUGGGGGUCCUGGAGCUGCUGCAGCCGCAGGUGUUCCAGAGCGAGCACCAGGGGGCGCUGUGGGACUGUCUGCGCUCCUUCGUCCGCCUGCUUCUGAGCUACAGAAAGUCGUCCCGCCACCUGGCGCCCCUCAUCCACAAGUUCGUGCGCUUCACCCACAAGUACGUGACCUGCAACGCCCCGGCGGCCGUGUCCUUCCUGCAGAAACACGCGGACGCGCUGCACGACCUGUCCUUCGACAGCAGCGAUCUGGUGGCUCUCAAGUCCCUCCUCGCAGGGCUGAGCCUGCCCAGUAGGGACGGCAGAGCCGACCGGGGCCUGGACGAGGAGGGCGAGGAUGAGAGCUCGGCCGGCUCCCUGCCCCUGGUCAGCGUGUCGCUCUCCACCCCUCUGACCGCAGCGGAGAUGGCUCCCUACAUGAAGAGGCUCUCCCGGGGCCAGGCCGUGGAGGAUCUGUUGGAAGUUCUGAGCGACAUAGAUGAGAUGUCUCGGCGGAGACCGGAGAUUCUGGGCUUUUUCUCGACCAGUCUACAGCGGCUGAUGAGCUCUGCCGAGGAGCCGUGUCGCCACCUGGCCUUCGGCCUGGCCCUGCGCUCCAUCCAGAACAACCCCAGCAUCGCGGCGGACUUCUUGCCCACGUUCAUGUACUGCCUGGGCAGCCGGGACUUUGAGGUGGUGCAGACGGCCCUCAGGAACCUGCCAGAAUACACCCUCCUCUGCCAGGAGCACGCGGCCGUGUUGCUGCACCGGGCCUUCCUGGUGGGCAUGUACGGUCAGAUGGACACCAGCGUCCAGAUCUCCGAGGCCCUGAGGAUCCUGCACAUGGAGGCGGUGAUGUGAGCCCGCGCGGGGGCCCGUCUGCUGGCCGCCCGGUGGUUCCGGGUCGGGGAGGGCGCCGAGCCAGCGCCGGGCCCGGCAGGGGCAGCGUCCAGAGCCCACGGCCCCGCACAGGAGGAUGCCGCCGCCCCGGCGAGCCUCGGAGAGGGGCUGGAUUUAAAUAAAACGUUGUGAAUUACCUGA